AUGGAUGAAAGGCAAUUGAGACACGAUGAGUAUACCAUCGGGUGGAUUUGUGCGCUGCCGCUUGAGCAAACAGUAGCAAUGCACAUGCUCGAUGAGAGGCAUAGAGAUCUCCACAAUCCGGCGAAUGAUGAGAAUACCUAUACUCUUGGAAAAAUCGGCGCACACAACGUUGUUAUUGUCGGCCUACCCAUGGGCAGAAUUGGUACCAAUGACUCAGCAGCGGUUAUAACUAGAAUGGCAUCUACUUUUCCUAAUAUUAAGUUCGGCAUGAUGGUAGGGGUUGGCGGGGGUAUUCCUAACAAAACACGACUCGGAGAUGUGGUCAUUUGCUCUGCCCUCGGGACGAAUGCCGGAGUCGUUCAGCAUGAUAUGGGCAAAGCUCAUGCUGGUGGUCAAUUUGAAACGAGAGGAUACCUAUGUGGCCCACCGACAGCUGUGCUUACAGCUUUGACAAAAUUCCAGGCUGACCCACGGACUCGGAGAGAGAUGCGCAGCCAUCUUAAAAAAUUGACAGCAAUGUCUGAUAUUGAUGAAAGCUAUCUGAAGCCGGACUCCCUGGAAGAUCUUUUGUUUGAGUCUGAUUAUAGUCAUGCGAAUAUGCGCAAAGACUGCUCCGAUUGCGAUAAGAGCAGGAUUAUACAAAGAGAGCCCAGACUUGUCGAUUUCAAGAUUCACUAUGGACUGAUCGCAUCAGGCAAUACAAUAGUCAAGGAUGCCAAGGUUCGAGACAAACUCUGCAAGAGAUAUAACGACAACCUCUUCUGUAUAGAGAUGGAGGCCGCAGGACUCAUGAAUAACUUUCCCUGUGUUGUUAUUCGAGGGAUAUGCGACUAUGCAGACUCGCACGCAAACGAUAAGUGGCAAAACUAUGCUGCGGCAGUUGCAGCAGCAUGUACAAAGGCCCUCUUGGGAGUAGUGCCUGAGCGCGAAGUCCGCGGGCUUCAGUCAAUACAAGAUUCAAUCACUUCUAGCAGUGUUAGAGCUUCCAAGGAGUAUAAUUUGCAGCAUCAGGCGGCUAAUUCUCCUCCGCUCACGCCCAAGAAACCUCAGGGCGCUACAGAACCUGCACCCCAGAUAAUAGGAUGUCCAGAGGCGAUUUGGUACAACAAUUCUCCAGACGCGGCCCAUCCGAAACUUGGAGAAACGUUGUACGAUGCCAACGAUUUAACUCGGCCGCAAACACCACCUCAAUCACCAAAGCUUGAGAAUCAUGAGAAACAACCUCAUCCAGAUGAUGGUCCUAGCCUUCCGCGCAGGAACACAGACUUUGGUUCAACACAGCCUCUGCUAAGCGGCGAUGUCUCUGCUCCACUCACAAUCUUACAAAAGAAACGAAGUAAUACCUUCCCUAAUACGGAUCCUGCAGUUUUUUUCGAUGCAAUUGAGGAAGGAGAUAUCACCACUAUAAAAAGAGAGCUAAAGAACGGCACCAAUGUGGAAAUAAUUGAUGAGUUUGGCCGCACACCUCUGUGGCGUGCCGUGGAAAUUGGUAACCGGCAUGUUAUCCAAUUACUUCUUGAUAAUGAUGCGAAUGUUGAGGCGAAAAAUUUGCGUGGGGGGAAUAUCUUGGAUUGGGCGCUGAAGAAAGGCAAAGAAGAUAUUGUUAACAUGGUUCUUGCGAAAAUGGAUGCAAAAGUCAAGGCAUGA